GAUUGUCAAUUUUAAUUAUUCUUUUUGACACCAAUUCUGAAAUCGUUUUAUUUAUUUUAAGAAUAAUAAAGUGAUGAUCAGAAAAGAAAAUUUUCAACAUGGCUUUAAAAAAGGUUAAGGGUAACUUUGAGAGAAUGUUUGAUAAAAAUCUUACCGAUUUAGUGCGUGGGAUAAGAAAUAACAAAGAUAAUGAGGCAAAAUAUAUUGCACAAUGCAUGGAAGAAAUCAAAGUGGAAUUGCGGCAAGAUAACAUUGGGGUGAAAGCUAAUGCCGUCGCUAAGUUAACAUAUCUGCAAAUGCUGGGUUAUGAUAUAUCUUGGGCAAUAUUUAACAUAAUAGAAGUGAUGAGUUCAAAUAAAUUUACUUUUAAAAGAAUUGGAUACUUAGCUGCUAGUCAAUCAUUCCAUGCUGAUUCAGAGUUGCUCAUGUUAACAACCAAUAUGAUAAGGAAAGAUCUUAAUGCACAAAAUCAAUAUGAAGCCGGGCUUGCAUUAAGUGGACUUAGUUGUUUUAUAUCUCAUGAUUUGGCAAGGGACUUAGCGAAUGAUAUUAUGACAUUGAUGAGUUCAACAAAACCAUACCUUAGAAUGAAAGCAGUACUGAUGAUGUACAAGGUAUUUUUAAGAUAUCCAGAUGCACUGAGGCCAGCUUUUCCUAAACUAAAAGAGAAAUUAGAAGAUCCAGAUCCUGGUGAGUAGAAGAGUGGUUAAUUU